ACAGCACCUGAACGCAGCACCGCCAGCUCCAAUGGCUCGCGCGGAUCGACGCGGCAGCCAAUCAAGCGCGUCUACGGAAAUUCCGUUGGGUCAAACCACCGUUAAAGCCUGUUCGCGAGCGGCGUAACGGCCACAGUCAGACUGACGUCUUUACACCGGAGCGACGAUAAUGGCGAACACGGAGCCGCUGCCCGACGACACGAACACAAGCUCCGCCGCCGCCGCCGCCGCCGCGGGCUGUCGCCGAGGCUGAGGCCGAUGUUGGAGCUCGAGGCUCGGUUAGAGGAGCAGAGAGGACGCGGCUCAGAUGGAGGCUUCAAGGAGACCGCUGUGAUGCUACGUAGGCAACUGGAAGAAGAAAAGGGCUUUUCUACCAUGAGAGAGUGUGUGUGAGCCGCCGAGCUCCUGCUGCCGCUCCUGCUGCCGAGCUCCUGCUUUAAAACACCUUUCUCUAUUUUUUUCACUCUCAGUUUUGCCCCGGGUUCUUCGGGUUUGUUUCCCCCGCUGUUGGCCUGACACAGCAGCGGCUUAGAGCGGCUGAAGUUGUGGGGAAUGGCAGGUCGAAGCCGCAGAGCCUGGUUCAGUGUUCUGCUGGGACUGGUGCUCGGGUUCACCCUGGCCUCCAGACUCAUCCUGCCCCGAGCCUCCGAGCUCAAGAGAGCCGGACACAAGCGCAGAGCCAGCCCCGCCGGCUGCGCGCUCACCGCGGCGCUCAGCAGGGAGCACGGCGGAGGGAUAUGGCCGCCCGGAGAUAACGGUUCACCGGUGACCGAGAAGCCUGGCUCCAGGUCCAACAACUUCCUGUUCGUGGGUGUCAUGACUGCGCAGAAGUACCUGAACAGCAGAGCCGUGGCGGCGCACAGGACUUGGGCGCAGACGAUUCCCGGUCGCGUGGAGUUCUUCUCCAGCGAGGGCUCCGACACCUCCAUCCCCGUCCCCAUCGUGGCUCUGCGGAGCGUGGACGACUCGUACCCGCCGCAGAAGAAGUCCUUCAUGAUGCUCAAGUACAUGCACGACCACUACCUGGACGGGUACGAGUGGUUCAUGAGGGCGGACGACGACGUCUACAUCCAGAGUGAGAAGCUGGAGAGCUUCCUGCGCAGCCUGAACAGCAGCGAGGCCGUGUUCCUGGGACAGACGGGCAUGGGAGCCCGUGACGAGCUGGGGAAACUGGCCCUGGAGCCGGGGGAGAACUUCUGCAUGGGGGGGCCGGGGGUCAUCAUGAGCCGCGAGGUUCUCAGGAGGAUGGUGCCCCACAUCCGAGAGUGUCUCCAGGAGAUGUACACCACCCACGAGGACGUGGAGGUGGGACGCUGCGUCAGGAGGUUCGCCGGCGUCCAGUGUGUUUGGUCCUAUGAGAUGCAGCAGCUGUUCUACGAAAACUAUGAACCAAACAAGAAAGGCUACAUCCGAGAUCUGCACAACAGCAAGAUCCACCGGGCCAUCACACUCCACCCCAACAAGAACCCGCCCUACCAGUACCGCCUGCACAGCUACAUGCUCAGCCGCAAGAUCGCAGACUUGCGACACCGAACCAUCGAGCUCCACCGGGAGAUCGUCCAGAUGGGGCGCUACGGAGCGGCCGAGCCCGGCAGAGACGACCUGCAGUUGGGAAUGCCGCCGUCGUUCAUGCGCUUCCAGCCGCAGCAGAGGGAGGAGGUUCUGGAGUGGGAGUUCCUGACGGGGAAGUACCUGUACUCUGCUUUGGACGGUCAACCCCCUCGCCGCGGGAUGGACUCCUCCCAGAGACAGGCUCUGGAUGACAUCAUCAUGCAAGUGAUGGAGAUGAUCAAUGCUAACGCUAAGACACGAGGCCGUGUCAUCGAUUUCAAAGAAAUCCAGUAUGGCUACCGGAGGGUCAACCCUUUAUAUGGCGCAGAGUAUGUGCUGGACCUGCUGCUGCUCUACAAGAAGCACAAAGGAAAGACCAUGACGGUUCCUGUGAGGAGACACGCCUACCUGCAGCAGACCUUCAGCCAGAUCCAGUUCAGAGAGGAGGAGGAGAUGGACGCCAGAGCUUUGGCCAGUCACAUCAACAAAGAGUCCGACUCCCUCUCGUUUCUGUCCAACUCCCUCAAGAUGCUGGUUCCCUUCAAACUGGCCACUUCAGGCCAGGACCAGCGGGAACCCAAGGAGAAGAAAGUCAAUAUCCUGGUUCCUCUGUCGGGCCGCUAUGACAUCUUUGUGCGUUUCAUGGCCAACUUUGAACGGGUUUGUCUGAUCCCUAACCAGAAUGUCAAACUGCUGAUCCUGCUCUUUAGCACGGACAACAACACAGAGCGGGUCAAGCAGGUGGAGCUGAUGAGGGAGUAUCACAUGAAGUAUCCUCGCACCGAGAUGGAGAUCAAGCCCGUCACCGGCUCCUUCUCCAGGGCUUUGGCUCUGGAAGUGGGUUCCUUACAUUUCUCCAAUGACUCGCUGCUCUUCUACUGUGAUGUGGACCUGCUCUUCACCAACGACUUCCUUCAGAGGUGUCGGGCCAACACCGGCCUUGGCGAGCAGACCUACUUCCCCAUCAUCUUCAGCCAGUACGACCCCAAAGUGGUUUACGCCGGGAAGGUUGCCAGCAGCAACCACUACGUCUUCACCUCCAAGACGGGCCUGUGGAGGAACUACGGCUUUGGCAUCGUCUGUGUCUACAAAGGAGACCUGGUCGCAGCCGGAGGCUUCGACACCUCCAUACAGGGGUGGGGCCUAGAGGAUGUGGACCUCUUUAACAAAUUUGUCCAGUCGGGGAUUAAGUUGUUCAGAAGUACAGACACAGGGAUAGUUCACGUCCACCACCCGGUCAUUUGUGACCCCAACCUGGAGGCCAAGCAGUAUAAGAUGUGUCUGGGCUCCAAAGCGUCGUCGUACGGUUCGGGUCAGCAGUUAGCCGAGCUGUGGCUGGAUAAGAACGACCUGAACUUCAGGAGACCGGCCAGUAACAACGGCUCAGUCAGGACAGCGUGAAUCUGAAGCUUCUUCUACAACCUAAUUUAUUUUUUACUGCAACUGAGACGACACAUGGACACUUUUGGAUUUUUUUUUUAAAAAAAAGAAAAAAAACAGAAAACAUUGUGAUGAAUUGUUGGCCACGUGGGCGGAGUCUGCGAUGUCCGACUGUGAGAGUUUUACCUCAGUGAAGAACAUAAAAUAUUCCAUUUUGUCUGCGAACUUUCAGUAGCAGCCGCACUCGCAACGGAACGGUUUAUAAGAAACAUUGAUGAGACGCAAAACGACCGCAGUGAUCGACGGUGAACGACUGCAGUGAAUGGUCAGUGAUCGACAGUGAUCGAUCGCAGUGAACGGUCAGUGAUCGAUCGCAGUGAUCGAUCG